AUGACGGCGUCCUUCACUCCGAUGCCAGGCCGGUACGCAAACUGCAGCAGGUCCAUCGCUGAGCUCACGGUGGAGCGGAGAGCCUUGGACCCAGAGCUGUGCCUGGAACAUCGGCUGAGGAAGCUGCAGUGCUGCUGGUCCUCCAAUGACUGUGAGCCGACAAGACUACCACCGCCCCCUGAGGAAGAGCGGCAGCCAAUCCGAUCGUCCGCAGCAGGAAGAGACCAUGUGCGAGCAGACAGCAGGGUGAUCCGCCAGCAGCCUAUCAGCGCGUUCGCUAUCACUACGAGCCAAGUGCCCCUCGUGUACGCGUGGCCGAGUGCAGUGUGGAGGGAGGAGGGACAUCAGGUGUCACAGAUUUCUGCAACCCGGGCUGAGGCGGCAUUACCAGGACAACCGGCUCCCGAGCGCUGCCAGCGUUCAGCUUCCAGUGGGCACGGGGGCUGUGUCGUACCCAUCCGUUUGGUCCGGCCAAGGCCUGUGUCCUGCCCUCCCCGGAGCUGGCAACCUGCAGGAGUCAUCAGGCUGUCACCGAUGUGGGAGCGGGAGAGCCAACGCUGCACCCCCAGAAGGAACCCAAUGACAUGGAACUCUGGAUGGAACCCUUUCAGCUCAGUCCAAAUCGCUUUACGCAUCUGCAUGAGAGCGUCAUCUUGUGGUUGCGGCGAGGCGGGGCAGCUGGUGUUGUGAAUCAGGCCGCCACAGUCCACGGACCGGCUACUUCCCAACACCAGGGUCUCUCCUUCGCCACUCACCCUGCCUGUUUGAAGACGGAGCCUGGUCAGACCUAAAGACAUGUGUGAA